GCUGUUUGGGCUGGUGAACAACGCGGGCAUUGCCAACCCCAUCGGCCCCACGGAGUGGAUGGACAUCGAGGACUUCCGGCGCGUCAUGGCCGUCAACGCCCUGGGCGCCAUCGAGGUGACGCUGCGGCUGCUGCCGCUGCUGAAGCGCGCGCGGGGCCGCGUGGUCAACACCUCCAGCGUGCUGGGCCGCAUCUCCGCCAACGGCGGCGGCUACUGCAUCUCCAAGUACUGCAUCGAGGCCUUCUCCGACAGCCUCAGGCGGGACAUGCGGCACUUUGGGGUCAAGGUGAGCAUCGUGGAGCCGGGGUUCUUCAAGACCAACGUGACGGACCUGGACGCGCUGGAGGCGUCGCUGCGGCAGCGCUGGGAGCGCCUGGAGCCGGCCACGCGCAGCAGCUACGGGGAGCACUUCCUGCCCCAGUACCUGCGCGUGCAGCGGCUGCUGCUGUCGCUGCUGUGUGACCGGGACCUGGCCAAGGUGACGAGCUGCAUGGAGCACGCGCUGCGGGCGCGCCACCCGCGCAGCCGCUACAGCGCGGGCUGGGACGCCAAGCUGCUCUGGCUGCCGGCCUCCUACCUGCCCUCGGCGCUCGUGGACCUGGCCCUGGCCCUCAUCCUGCCCCGGCCGGCCCAGAGCGCCCGCUGAGAGACCCCCGAGCCAAAUGAAACCCCCAGACCCAAAUCAAACCUCCCUGCGGUGGUGUAAUAAAUGUCCUGAACUCACCCAUCCUUGUUUUCGCUCAGUUCAGGGGAUUUGGGGGCACUGAGGUGGCACACACAGACCUGGCCCUGGCCCUCAUCCUGCCCCGGCCGGCCCAGGCCGGCCACUGAGAGACCCCCGACCCAAAUGAACCCCCAGACCCAAAUUUAAACACCCCAAGGGUUGCGAAUAAACACCCUGAACUCGUCUGUCGUUGUUUUCAUUCAGCUCAGGGGAUUUGGGGACACUGAGGUGGCAUACACAGCCCCAUGGACCUGGCCCUGGCCCUCAUCCUGCCCCAGCCAGCCCAGGCCGGCCGCUGAGAGACCCCCAAGAUUAAAUCCCCCAGACCCAAAUUAAA